CCUCUCAUCCAAACUGAAAGCUUCCAUAGCAGCUACCUUAUCCGUCUCAGUCCUCAUACCUUCUCCUUCUACCCACGAAAAGCCAUGGCCUUCUCUAAGAUUUUAGUUCCCCUAUUUCUCCUCUCCUUUCUCGCCUCGGCUGCUCAUGGGCAGUUGUCGCCAACGUUCUACAGCAGGACCUGCCCGAACCUCGAGAGAAUCGUCAAUAUAAUGAUGUUUCGGGCCGUCAGAAGGGAGCCGAGACUUGGCGCCUCCAUCCUUCGACUCUUCUUCCAUGAUUGCUUCGUAAACGGCUGCGACGCAUCGGUCCUACUCGAUGACACGCCGACGUUCACCGGUGAGAAGAACGCAGGCCCAAAUAGGAACUCUCUCCGUGGCUACGAAGUCAUCGACGCCAUCAAAUCCCAGGUAGAGAGAGUUUGCAGGGCAACCGUGUCAUGUGCCGACAUCCUCGCCCUUGCGGCACGCGCCGGGGUGGUCUUUCAUGGCGGACCGAAGUAUGUCGUGCCGCUGGGCCGCAGGGAUGCCAGAACGGCGAGCCAGUUCGCAGCCAAUAGCAACCUCCCUCCUGCCUCCGCCGGCGUCAACACCCUCAUAUCGAUGUUCGCCGCCAAAGGCCUCAGCGCCCAAGACAUGACCGCUCUCUCCGGUGCUCACAGCAUCGGCUUCGCCCGUUGCUCGAGCUACCGGCCUCACAUCUACAACGACUUCAGCGUCGAUCCAGCCUACGCCGCCGCACGAAAGCAAACCUGCCCGGCCGUCGGGGGGGACAACAACCUCGGCCCGCUCAACAUCCAGAACCCGAACAGGUUCGGCAAUACCUUCUUCCAGAACCUCGUCGCCCGCCGCGCCCUUCUUCACUCGGACCAGGCGCUCUUCAGCAAUGGCCCCACGGAUGCGCUGGUCCAGCGUUACAGUACUAAUAAUGCACUCUUUUUUAAUGACUUCGCUGCGGCCAUGGUGAAGAUGGGGAACAUCAGCCCGCUGACUGGAUUCAAUGGGGAGAUUAGAUUGAAUUGCCGAAGGACGAAUUAACGACGGCGAUGGUGAUGAUACUAUAUUUUACUUUUUCCACAGUAGAUAUGUGAAAGCAAUAUAAGGGUGGCAACUAUAUGUUUAAAUGUUACAGCGGACGCUUGUCUCCGGUAUUGUGUUUAUUUGUUCGAAAUUAAUUGUUUGUUGUCCAUAUGUCAUUGGAGCUGUAGAACAGUUGAAAUAAGAAGAGAUUUAGGCGGCCGUAGCUCUCUGAGUGCCAUUUUUCAAUACUUAUUUAGGAUUCCAUUUGUACACUCACAUGGUGAUGCGUGAAGGAAUGCCCCACAGAGAAAAGCGACGACGAACCAACUCGAUGUUACGUUCCCCACACAUGCAUGGUAGGUCGGCGGUGGCUGUCUCGAGUCUUGUGGUUGGCGAUGGAUGGGCGCCGUGCUCCCCAUGUGCCUUAUCAGACAGCUCAUGCACGCAUGGCACAAUCAUCCGUGUCUUUAAUUGGUGGCUAAACUAAGUUCCAUAUAUAUCUUGCCAAAGAAGAUUUUGUAAUGCUGCGAUAAGUACUUCGCUAAGUCCAAACCAUGUUACCGACAUUAUAAAAAUAUCAAAUGAAACGAUAAAAUG